UACAAUUCUUGUAGUUGUUUCCCGUAACAGGACUGUGGGUUUAAACCAGGGGUCAUAUUGUUUUUAAAAACAAACAGAUCACGCUAUAAAAUUAUUAGUUUUGGUACGAAAUGUCCCUCGAUCAAGACGAGGGUAAUUUAGAACAGGUUAUCCAGUCAAUCCUAUUCCUAAUGCCCGGCUUUACUCUCGAUCACCCGGGCAUGUUUACGUCUGAGAAAAAAGCAGGAAAGGUUGGCAUCAACAUAAAGUGGAGGAGACAUGUUUAAUCUUGAAAUAAGUUUAUCUGACAUAUUCAACAUACAGCCAUUUUGCCCCAUAGACAUAUUCUGCUAUGGAAUAUUCUUGUCUGUUAUUUUUCUGGUUUUGGAUUUUAAUAAAUUUGGAAAGCAAGUCUUAUAUUUAUGUCAAUGCCAAUUUACAUCCGAAUGAUCAGAAUGUAGAAGAACCAGAUUAUGAGAAUUUAGUAUAUGGUGAAGUAUGGAAGAAAGAAGUAACUAAAUUAUCUAUGUUUAGUAAAGAUACCAAUACAGCUUAUAGAUAUGUAAUGAAGUUUUUAGAUAAUUCUGGUUAUAUACGACAGAUGGAAGUAGAAGGUGUUUUAAUAUAUAGAGUUUCAGAUGUUAAAAAAAAGAUAAUACAGUAUUCACGAAGUGGACAUGCUCCUCUUUAUGCUUUAAUAUCUGUUCCAUAUGGACGAAAUAAAAAAACAAGUACUAUAUCAGUGCCGGUUACGUUUGGAUCAUUUUUUACUUUUAGUAUAGAAUGGAGAACAGAACAUUUUUCUCAGUAUCAUCAAAUAACUGUCAGUAAUUCAUGGAAUUUAAAAUUCUAUAUUUUUAGUCAUACUUUUCAUAGAAUUUAUUAUCACCCUUUGAAUAGAACUUCAACUUGUGUACAUUUUGUAGAUGAUUUGGAAUCUAAAAAUUCAGUAAAAAAUAGACAGAAGAGUGACAUGUCUAAUUCAACUCUCUCAACAGAACAAAUUUUACAUACUAGUGAAUUGACUCAAACAUCAACUUCAGAAGAUGAUGAAGCAGAAAGUGACAAACCAAUUGUUAAAAAAUCAACCAGAAAAAAACUCCAUCUUGAAGUAUUAAAAGAUCAAGUUAAUCCAGUUAAUCCAGAUUUAUAUCUUGAUCCAGAUCAAGUAUUAGAUGAUCAAAUUUCUACCAAAACAGAAGAAAGGCCAAUUAAGAAAGAACUACAUGAGGAAGUGACGUUGAAAACUGAUGUGUCAAGUGUAACCAUCAAAAUGAGAAAAAUUGAAAAACCAGUUGAACACGAAAAUGAUGAAUCGAAAGAGACACACAAGAUAAAAGAGAAUAAAAUUGGAGAGGAAGUAUUUGAAAAAUCUGAUUUAACAGAAGAAAACUGUGGUAAAAAAGACAGUCUCAAAGAUCUCACAACACAAGAAAAACUUGAAGUGAUACGAAAUACAAAAAAACUUAUACAGACAAAUAAAGAAAGGUUGUCAGAUGCAGACUCUGAUUCAGAAUUAAAUGAUGAAAACCUUAGUCCUACACCAGAUAAUCAAGUUACACCAGAAGAUAAUAAUAACGAUGAUUCCUAUAAGGAACCAGAGGUGAUCCUUUAUACAGAUGAUUCUGGGAGAGAAUUUGAGGCUGUUGUUUAUGGACAUAUGAUUGAAAUUCGUGGUGUUUCUGAUAGCUGUAUGAGACCCAAUGCUAUGAUGCAUGACAUUUCUAGAAAACCCAUUGAGCUGCUUUUCCCUGAGAAAAGUAGUGGUGGUUUUUAUGUUGAUCAUGAUAAAUCAAUCAGUAUUAAAACAUGGAAAGAUUUUUUAUACUCGUUAUGGACGUGCUCCAAACAGACAGAAAUUCCUGGAAAAGGGUGUUGUGAUAUAUCCAUUAUAUCUUUUAAUAUUUGGUUUUUUCAUCCAUUAACUGAUGACAGUGAUGACUAUGUAAAAAGAAUACAAAGAGCUGGAAAGAUAUUAUCUGAAAGUAAUGCUGAUGUGAUUGGUUUACAAGAAGUUAGAUUUGAAGAAGGGAAAGGUGGAGAACUUGGUCCUAAUCAGAUUGAUUACUUUACAUCUAUAUUGCCUAGUUACCAGUUUGUUUAUCAACCCGCUAUGUUUAUGGAUAAUAGUUUAUAUAAUGGAAGAACAGAAGAAGGACUGGCUAUAAUGACUAAAUAUGAAAUAAUUAAUCAUGAUUAUAUAUUGCUAUACAGAAAUAUGAGCAACAGUGCAGAUCGUCAUCAGAGAAUUUGUUUACAUGUAGAAAUAAAUGUUCCGGGUGUUGGAAGUGUUCAUGUAUUUAAUACUCAUCUAUCAUUAAGCCAUGAAGCUAGGGAAAAGUCUGUAGAACAAAUAUGGAAAUAUAUGUCGAAAUUUACUGGACCAUCUAUAUUACUGGGUGAUUUUAAUGCAGAACCAGAGGAAAAAUCUAUAAGAUAUUUACAAAGCCAGCCACAACUAGUUGAUAUAUGGACAUAUAUACAUGGUGAUAAUGAUUCAGGAAAAACAUUUAAAUCUAUAAAAGAAAAUCGACUUCUGAAACGGAUUGACUAUAUAUUUCAUCGGAAGCAAGAAAAUACUAAAAUAUUAGAUAUUGAAUUACUUGAUACUGAUACCUGGGGAAGUUUAUCAGCAUCAGAUCAUGUUGCUGUUUUGUCCAAGUUGGGAUUGAACUGUCCACAGAAAGAAUGAGUAAUUGUUGAGUGGAUUUUAUAACAUUUUGGUUCAUGUUCUUUGUACCUUUGAGGUUAAACUUUUAUAUGCCAACUCUUAUUGUAUCCUCCCUGUCUAUCUGUUAUCUGUUAAUCCGUAUCUUUUUAAGACUUUUUUGUGUCUGGUGUUUAUUGACUGCCAGUAGGCAUUUGUUUAAUAUUUACUGCUGAUUACACCAUAUUGCCUUAUUAAAUGACAGACAUAUUUUGAUAACAUCAUUACCCAGAGGAAGGAGGGGUUGUGACUGAUUAUAUUCACAAUACCAAGUGUGAAUAGAAAUACUUCUUCAUAUGUUUUAAUUUACGGCUGCAUGUGUUUAACAGAUAACUAAGGACUAUGAUUGUCUGUAGCUAGUCUAUACAUGAUAAUCUUGAUAGAUUUUAGUCACUAAAGGUUACUACAGAGGUUUUACUCAAACAGCUGUAUAGGGGAUGCUCAAUUGAAUGUUCCAGAAUUCAGUUCUUUCAAUAAGACGAAUUUGGGGUGGCAAUUAUGUCAAUUUGGCAUCACAAUCGUGCAUUUCCUACACAUCAAGGAUUAAUAUGUCAGUAAUGUUAAGAGCAUAGUUUGUGUUCAAGAUCUACUAAUAUAUAGCUCUUAAUUUUAAUAUUGAGAUAUUUAUCUGUCUCCGAUAUCAGUAAACUCAAAUUGUUAUUUCAUUUGAAUACAUAUAGUGUGUGUAUUUUAUGGAAUUCAUAUUUCCCUUAUUUGAAAAUAAUUGUGAAUAUAAGGUUACUGUAUAUUUAAACAUGUGUAUUUAAAAUGGCUAGACCUCUUUUUAUUUGGGUUAAAAAUAACAUUGUUGAUUACACUGGAAGUUUUGUAUUAUUUGUUUUGAGGAAUGACUUAUCAUCAGAUUGAGAAUGUUACCUGUAUGUAUUAGAAAAUGUGGUUAUUAAAGUUGUUAAAUCCAUAUAUACUUCGUAUUUAUUGCUGCUAACAUGUCUUUC